UGGGGCAGGAAAGGGGAGGGCCCUCCUCUGCGCUCCUCCGGCAAAAGGAGGUCGGUGGCAGGAGGGAGAGGACCGGCAGAUGGGACCUCUUUCUGUGACAAGAGGGCCAUGCAGCUGUGCAGUGGCGGUUUUCUCCUACUCUUGCUGGCCAGUGUGUCUCCCAGCUUCCUUCUGAAAGACCAAGAGGAAGAUGAGCUGCUUCUGGCAACUACCAGGCCUACCAGGGUCACCCCUGCCCAGAAUGUGUCUGGCUGCCCAUCCAAAUGCACCUGUCCAACAGAGGAAACGGUCGAUUGUGGCGGACUUGAUCUCCACAUUUUCCCCAGUAAUAUCUCAGCUGGCAUCCAGCAUCUCUCACUACAGAAUAACCUGUUGCAAGAGCUGUCCUACAAUGAACUAUCCCGACUGGCCAGACUGAAAACGCUCAAUCUACACAACAAUCACAUCACCUCUGAGGGUCUCCCGGAUGAAGCCUUUGAGUCCCUGCCAUUGCUUCAGUACAUCUACCUGGCCAAUAAUAAGUUGACAGUGGCACCCCAGUUCCUACCCAGCAGCCUGCGCAUUGUGGACCUUGCUGCCAACCGCCUGACCUGCAUCUACCCAUUCACCUUUGGCCAUAAGCCUGCCCUCAGGUCUGUCUAUAUGCACAACAACCAGCUAAACAACACUGGCUUGCCCUUUGAUGCUUUCAAUGGUUCCGAUGCUGUCAGUACCAUGAUCUUCUCCAACAACCGGCUCACUUAUGUGCCCCAGAAUUUGCCUCGUGCCAUUGUCCGCCUCCACUUACAGAAUAACCGCAUCACCCGUGUCCCAAAAGGAGCCUUGAGCAGCCAGUGGCGUCUCCGAGAGCUCUACCUUCAGAACAAUAACCUGUCCAGCGAGGGCCUUCACCCUUCCACCUUCAGCAGGCUGAAGAGCCUGGAGUACCUGGAUCUUUCCAACAAUAACCUGACCCAGGUGCCGGCUGGCCUUCCUGCAAAUAUUGUGAUCCUGCAUCUGGGCCGAAACCAAUUGAAUUUCCUACCGCCUGAGCGCCUCAGCCGCGUGAGGAGCCUGCAGUACCUUCUGCUGCAGGGCAACCCCUUGACGGUGGCAGGUGUGCACUCUGAGGCCUUUUCCCACCUACGCUCCCUGCAUACGCUCCACCUCUACAACAACCGGCUGGAUGGCAUCCCGUUUGGACUCCCACGCCGAGUCCGUUCCCUGAUGUUGCUGCACAACCAGAUCACAAGGGUCGGGCUGCAGGACUUUGCGGCUACCUACUUCCUGACUGAGCUCAACCUCAGCUACAACCGGCUUUACAGCGCCCACAUCCACCGCUUGGCCUUCCGCAAACUGAGGCUUCUGGAGACUCUGGACAUCUCUGGCAACCUGCUCACCCUCCUGCCUGCCGGACUGCCUGCUAGUCUUCAGGUCCUCAACCUUCAGAAGAACCAGCUCAAUUCCCUUUCCCCAGAAUUGCUGGCCAAUCUCACCGUACUCAAGGAGUUGCAUCUGGCACACAACCGCCUGCGGAUCGCCAGCAUCUCCCCAGGAACUUGGCAGGAGCUGCAUGGGCUCAAGCUCCUGGACCUGAGCUACAAUGAGCUAUCAUAUGUCCCACCAGAUUUGCCUGAAUCCCUAGAAAAUCUCUAUCUGCAGCACAACAGGAUUGCGGUCAUUAUGGCUGAAGCUUUCCUCACAACUCCCAACAUCCGGGUCAUCACGCUGAGAUCCAAUCGUUUGUUGGCGGCCAAUGUGUCUGAAAUGGCAUUUGCAGACCUGAAACUUCUGGAGGUAGUGGACACAACAGGAAAUCCAGAGCCCAUCAACAUCUCUUUGCUCCAAGCUGCAAACUGGACCCAAACUCAGACGGGCACUUAGGGAGGCAGCCCAGAAGAGGUCGCCAUCGUCAGCUCCUCUGCAUGGCACUGCUUCUUUGGACUUGUUGAUCAAGAUGAUCUGGCCUAACUACAAGCAGCUUUCUGAAGGGAUUUGCACUGCCCCACGUUUGCUCUAUUGGGCUCAGUCAGUAUUGUAGAGCAGCUGAGUAACUGGGCCACUGCAGCAUGCUCUGUCUGCUUUUCCAGGAAGCAGGAAUCUGCUACAAGAUUUUGGUUUGAGGCAGAAAAGAGAGUGGUAACUAAAAAAAAUGAUUACACUGUUGCAGCUGCAACUGGGCCCCGAUUCAGAAGACUUGUGCUAACUUGGGAUGCAGCAACUGUGCGGAUACAGCCAAAGUCUCCACUGAAUAGGACCAGAAUGACAAUCAAGAAGAGGCAAAGAUAGCUCUAUAUGUGUGCAAAUGUAUACAAACCACUGAUCUGCAGAAUUGCUUGAGUCACUUAGGGCUCAGUUCCUGUUCCUACAUCACUCUGUUCCUCAGUUUGGUAACUAAAUACUAAUUAAUCUAUACAAUAGAGCAGUUAACUAUAGUUUCCUUAGAGCAAAUGCCCUGUUUUACUGUGUUACGGUGGUAGUCAGUCUGGGUUGUUGUAGGUUU